AUGGGUGCUCCCUCCACCGCGCCCGCGCCCUCCCCGCCGGCGCUGCCCGAGGCCUCCGCGCCGGACGACCGUGCGCCGCCCGAGCCCGCCGCGCCGGAGCUGCCGCCGCCGCUGCGGCUGCGCUGCGGCGUGCAGCAGUACGAGUGGGGCCGGCGCGGCGCCGCCUCCCUCGUCGCGCGCCUCUCAGCCGCGGACUCCGCCGCCGAAAUCGACGAGGCCCGCCCCUACGCGGAGCUCUGGAUGGGCACGCACCCGGCCGCGCCCUCCGCCGUGCUCCCCGGCGGCGAGCCCCUCGGCACCUGGCUCGCGCGUAACCCGGCCGCGCUCGGCCCCGCCGUCGCCGCGCGCUGGGCCGGCGACCUCCCGUUCCUCUUCAAGGUGCUGUCGGUGGCGAAGCCGCUGUCGAUCCAGGCGCACCCGGACAAGGGGCUGGCGGAGCUGCUGCACGCCAUGCGGCCGGCCACGUACCGGGACGCCAACCACAAGCCGGAGAUGGCCAUCGCCGUCACCGACUUCCGCGCGCUCUUCGGCUUCGCCGGCAUCCAGGAGCUCAAGGAUGUUAUAAGGACUGUACCUGAAGUUGCAGGGCUGAUCGGACAUGAAGAUGCUGACAAGCUUAUGACUGUAAAAGAGUAUCAUGAUGGCAAUGAUGUAAAAUCCAGUCUGCAAUCAGCAUUCGCUAAGCUAAUGACAGCAAGUAAAGAAGCAGUUUCCGAAGCAGUUAAUAAAUUGAAGGGUCGCCUGAAUGAUGAGAGCGAGAUUCGGACCUUAACAGAGAAGGAGGAACUUGUUUUGUCUCUGGAGAGACAGUAUCCAGAAGAUGUUGGUGUUCUAGCCGCACUUCUCUUCAACUAUGUCAAGCUCAGCCCAGGUGAAGCAAUUUAUAUCGGUGCCAAUGAACCGCACGCAUACCUGUCCGGGGAAUGCAUCGAGUGCAUGGCUACUUCGGACAAUGUGGUUCGUGCUGGUUUGACACCUAAAUACAGAGAUGUGCAGACCCUCUGCUCCAUGCUAACAUACAAACAGAUCUUCCCUGAAAUACUGCGAGGGGUACCUGUGCAGCCAUACGUACGACGCUACACCCCUCCGACUGACGAGUUCGAGGUUGACUGCUGCUUGCUGCCUCCAGGUGAAGUGGUUGUCAUGCCACCGGUACCAGGUCCAUCCAUCUUCCUUGUCAUGACCGGGGAGGGCGAGGUUCAGGCAGACUCCAUGUCAGACGGCGAGAAGGCGAAGGAAGGCGACGUCUUCUUUGUGCCCGCGCACACCGAGGUUAGGCUCUCCGCUUCUGGCCAUGCGACGAUGCAGCUGUACAGAGCUGGGGUGAACAGCAGAGCAUUGUACGCGUGCAACGCUGCUGCUGCGGGGAAGAGGUCCCAGCUGCAGAACAUAUGCGAAAUGGCGAGUUAG